AUGACGCCUACCAAGUGCGAUGACGACGGAACCUGCUGCUUCUUCAUCAAAACUGUCGAUGAGGUCAAUUCUAGCCAUGUAUACAACAUGUAUACUCACCUCCCAAGCUUCACAGACGUCAACUUUUUCUACCGAGGUACAAUGGUCAAAUCUUGGAAUAAAUUCUGCUACCAAGGAGGGAUGUUAGAAGUACGAGCACAACUUCCGAGAGCUACUUCCUGUAAUCGCCAACAACAAAUUUUAUCCGACGUGGCCAGGAAUUUGGAUGCUUGGGAACCUCGGGCGAGUUAUUUCUCCGCUUCGAUGAACCGCAUAUGGCCGUACUCGUAUGAUGAAUGCGAUGCCGACGUGUUUAACCCGAGUUUCCAACGGAUCAGUGCGUGUGACGACAAUCCAGGCUACGGUUUGAACCCCAACCAAGGUCGUGGAGCUCCUGAGAUCGAUGUUCUGGAUGGCGGAGGGUUGGCUAUUUCAUCUUCUCCGCAAAUUGCACCAGGAAUACCAGACGACUACGACUUUUCCCUGUGGAUACGAGCAAAUUUUAUCGACGUACCAACAGCUUAUUACGGGAAGGAACGUGGUCACAAAUCCUGGUAUCAAGGGUUACGCUACGCUGCCAACAACUAUUGCAAGCAGAACGCAGAGGAGAAACAAGACUACGCCACAUUUGCAGCGUCAGUGAAAGCUGGUAUUACCGAGAACACUUGUGCUGUGGAUACAUGUCCAGCUUCAGGCGAUGUGAAUGCUGAAUUGAGUCUGAUUGUCGGCAAAGGGAAAGAUCACUGGGGAAUUAACUCGAACGGCACGUGUUAUCCGCUGAUCAACUCGUACAUGGGCUCGUACUUGUGUGAUCCUGACAAUAUGUUCUCCAAGUGUGCCAGUCCUCGCAAUGAGUCCACUACACCCAAGUCCAAUGCGAUUAGUGCAUUUAACUAUCAGAUUGAUGCAAUCUCGUCGAAAUUGGCCUAUAUUUCGGCGCGCAAGAAUGGAUAUGUACGCUGGAUGCUUCACGGCGAGCCUCUGUUCGAAGUCACGACGGAUUCGAUCGUCAACCCUUUGUAUGUGAUUUUCAACGUGUCGCUGUCCAGUUCUUGGUGUGCGACGCCGCCCAACCCAGGCAAGGAAUGUCGUGGUGAUGGAAAAGAUCCUGUGACGAACGUUAUCUGCGACUCGUUCCCGAUGUACAUGAAGAUCGACCACAUCCGUCUGUAUCAGGACUUGGCGACGGAUCUCGAAGCUGAUAAUUACAUGCAAGUUGGUUGUGAUCCAGCGAGUCAUCCGACUCAAGAAUGGAUUGAAGCCCACAUCGACGAGUACGAAGAUAAUGAUAAUAAGUGGGAGGAAGUGGCUGGCAAGGCGUUCUGCGAGACCAGCGACGACUGCACGAUUGGUGGCACUUUGAGUCGAACGGCUCUAAAGACUGGGAAAUUGUUCAAGUAGCGUUGCGAAUGUAUGUAUCAUUCGUGGGGUGGACCACGAUGCACCACCGCCAUCUCUGGCUCCAGUUCUACGGAAACUAGUUUGAAGAGCAGGACGUAUAGCCCACCGAUGGAAGCGUCGAUUGCUCUCGCUGUUGUGGCCUGUUUGCUGUCUUUAACGUCCGUAUCGUAAUGGACUCCGAUCAAGGCACGAACUCUGGUUUACGGGGUUCUGAGAAACAUGAUGGCUGCUACCAGUAACAGCAUCUACGUCACAAGGAGCAACAUUUUUCUUGUCACCGAAUGAUCGUAUUCAGCUCGCACAAAUUAUUAAGGACAUAAUUGCUAUGAGUACGGAAGCUAACUCAACCAGUCCCAUGACGACCGAGCACAUUUUCGGACUUCUAUAGA